CCCAUUGGCUGCGGGCGGUGCGGCCCGAGGCCGAGCGGGGCGGCGGUGCCGCCAUGGCGCCGCCCGUGGGGUACGCGCUGCUGUGCGGGCAGGCCGCGCUCCUCCUCGGGAACCUGCUGCUCCUGCACGGCCGCGGCCUCCCGGACAACGACACCGAAUCCCGGGAGCUGCCGCCGGGGCCGCCCGCCGCCGCCUGGGCUUACAGCGAUCCGCGGGCGCCGCUCGUCCUGUGCACCUACCUCCCCGAUGAGUUCGUGGAGUGCGAGGAGCCGGUGGACCACGGCGGGAACGCCACGGCACAGCAGGAGCUGGGCCACGGCUGCGUGAAGUUCGGCGGCCAGGCCCACGGCGAGGUGGAUCACACGCGUGUGCAGUGCCGGGCGCUGGACGGCAUCGAGUGCGCCGAGCCGCGGAGCUUCCUGCGGGGCAGCCGGCCCUGCGUCAAGUACACGGGACACUACUUCAUCACCACUCUGCUCUACUCCUUCUUCCUGGGCUGCUUCGGAGUGGAUCGGUUCUGCCUGGGCCACACCGGCACCGCCGUGGGGAAGCUGCUGACCCUGGGGGGCCUGGGCAUCUGGUGGUUUGUGGAUCUGAUUCUGCUGAUCACCGGGGGGCUGAUGCCCAGUGAUGGCAGCAACUGGUGCACCGUGUACUGAGGAGGGGCAGGGCUGGCCCCAGCUGCAGCCCCUGGGUGCCUCUGCUCGCUCCCAGCUCCAGCCCAGGCUCUGCUUGGCACAACAUGGACUUACAGAACUGUGACUCAGGGUGCACAGCAGUUACUCUUGGUAAUGACUCUGUACCGACCUUGGACACAAAGUUGUUCAGGAUAUAUUUUGCUUGUUUAAAAUAAUCUGGCUUCCCACUGCAAAUAGUGACAGCUUCAGAAAUCAGAGCUUGCGAACACAGGGGGUCAAACAAACAAUAAAAUCUGGAAGAAGCUGA